AAUUCACCCCAAGGUGGGCAGGGGGCAGUGAAGCAACUCACACCCUACCUGUCGGCAGGAACUAGGAAGGGAAGGGCCGGGCCUCUGCCUCCCCGCAGCUAUGGACUGACAAGUGGCGCAUGCUGAGGGGCUCUCUCACUUCAGAGCUGCAGAGAGUGUGGGCUUCACCAUGUUGGCACCAGGCGGUGGCCCAGAGCAGAGGAGCAAACUUGUCCUGCAGUGGAGACAGCUCUCCUGGAUCACCUGCUGGAUUGCCCUGUGUGCUGUGGAGGUGCUCCCUGCCUGCCCUUUCUCUUGCACGUGUGACAGUCGCAGCUUGGAGGUGGACUGCAGUGGCCUGGGCCUCACCACUGUACCCCCGGAUGUGCCGGCUGCCACCCAGAGCCUUUUGCUCCUGAACAAUAAGCUGAGUGCCCUGCCAAGCUGGGCUUUCGCCAACCUGUCCAGCCUGCAGCGACUGGACCUGUCCAACAACUUUCUAGACCAGCUCCCGCGGUCCGUUUUCCAGGACCUGGUCAAUCUGACGGAGCUCCAGCUUCGGAAUAACAGUAUCAGGACCCUGGACAGGGACCUGCUCCAGCACUCCCCACUACUUCGACAUCUGGAUUUGUCUAUCAACGGCUUGGCCCAGCUGCCCCAGGGGCUUUUUGAUGGGCUCCUGGCUCUGCGAUCCUUGUCCCUUCGCUCCAAUCGUCUGCAGAGCCUGGACCGGCUGACGUUUGAGCCCCUGGCAAGCCUGCAGCUGCUUCAGGUUGGGGACAACCCGUGGGAGUGUGACUGCAACCUUCGAGAGUUCAAACACUGGCUUGAGUGGUUCUCUUACAGAGGGGGGCGCCUGGACCAGCUUGCCUGCACCCUCCCCAAGGAGCUGAGGGGGAAGGACAUGCGCGCGGUCCCCAUGGAGAUGUUUAACUACUGUUCCCAGCUAGAGGAUGAGAACUCCGCUGGGCUGGAUGCUCCAGGGCCACCGUGCACCAAGGCCAGCCCAGAGCCUCCUAAACCUAAACCUGGGGCUGAGCCUGAGCCCGAGCCCAGCACUGCCUGCCCUCAAAAGCAGAGGUACCGGCCCGUGAGCGUGCGGCGAGCCAUCGGCACCGUGAUCAUCGCCGGUGUCGUGUGUGGCAUCGUCUGCAUCAUGAUGGUGGUGGCUGCUGCUUAUGGUUGUAUCUACGCUUCCCUCAUGGCCAAGUACCACCGCGAGCUCAAGAAGCGCCAGCCGCUGAUGGGGGACCCCGAGGGUGAGCAUGAAGAUCAGAAGCAGAUCUCCUCUGUGGCCUGAGAGCUGAGGGUCUGGCCCAGGUAGGACAGCAAGGAGAUUCCAUGGGACUGCUACCAAAAGGGCUGCCCUUCCCUCCGUCACGGGCCCUGUCUCAGCCUGACACUGGCACUGCCUCCCUCAGCUCCCGGUCCCAAUCUCUUUCCAAGUCUCCCAGAAGCUUCCCUGGGGCCAGCGAUGCCCGUGGAAGGCCUGCUCUGGGCCUCUUGUCUUUGGGACACCUGAGCCUCCCUGCAGGCCUCUGGCCACAGGGAGGAAAGAACCUACAUUAGAGACGUCAUCUGCACUGAGCGCUUCCCUCCUGCCCAGGGCUACCACAGCUGGCGACUCCCUACCUCUUGCUCAUUUCCACUUCAGUCUGCAUUAGGGCCUGGGAGGGAGGGACAGGAGGCCCAGAGGUAGAUUUCUGUGACUCCUUUCAAAGCCAGAAAGAGAGUCUUAAGUCCUUGCAGUGGGAAGCUUGUCCAGCUCUCAGCGGCUGGUGCCAGUGUGCAAACACCCCAGCCCCGUGAUCUGGGUCCAAUGCUUAGAAAAACCAAAGUGACUAUAAUGUCCCCCUUGGGUGGAUGUCAUUAUGUCCCUUUAUUUGCUAUAGACCCCUCGGACUAUAUUGCUCCAGGUUUAUGAAUUCUAUCCAUACUUUUUGUUCUAGCGUGAGGUUUUAAGACAGGGCCUUACUCUUACUCUAACUCACUGUCAGACACAGGGCAUCUCUGUAAUGGUCCUGCAGAUCAAAGUCACGCACACACACACGCACACACACGC